AUGGGUGUCCCUAAAUUCUUCCGCUGGAUGAGCGAGAGAUAUCCGGCAAUUUCUCAGCUCAUAGCAGAUAAUCGCAUUCCCGAAUUUGAUUGCCUUUAUCUUGAUAUGAAUCAAAUCAUCCAUAAUUGUACCCACAAGGAUUCAGAUUCGCCCACUUUUCGCAUGACUGAAGACAAAAUGUUCAUCGCCAUCUUCAAUUACAUUGAGCACCUCUUCGGCAAGAUCAAACCUCAAAAGCUUUUCUUCAUGGCCAUUGAUGGGGUAGCACCCAGAGCCAAGAUGAAUCAGCAAAGAGCUCGCCGCUUCCGUACAGCUCUAGAUGCUGAGCAAGCACGAGAGAAGGCUAUCAAGCAAGGUGUUGAGAUGCCAAAAGAGGACGCAUUUGAUAGUAAUUGCAUAACACCAGGAACAGAAUUCAUGGCGAAACUGACCCAGCAGCUACGGUAUUUCAUUGCCAAAAAAGUUUCCGAAGAUGUCGAUUGGCAGGGCGUUGAGGUUGUAUUGUCAGGUCAUGAGGUUCCGGGUGAGGGUGAGCACAAAAUCACCGAAUACAUUCGUCAGGCCAAGGCGCAACCUGACUACGACCCAAACGUUCGACACUGUCUGUAUGGCUUAGAUGCAGAUCUCAUCAUGUUGGGUCUGCUUAGUCAUGAUCCUCACUUUUGCUUAUUGCGCGAGGAAGUCACAUUUGGCCGCCAGGCGAGCAAAAAGUCCAAGGAGCUGGAGCAUCAAAAUUUCUACUUGAUGCAUCUGUGCGUUGUUCGCGAAUAUCUUGAAUUGGAAUUUCAGGAGCUCAAAGAGGAUGGUGUUUUGGAGUUUCCUUACGAUAUGGAACGAAUCAUCGACGAUUUCAUCCUCAUGGCUUUUUUUGUUGGAAAUGAUUUCUUGCCGAAUUUACCAAAUCUGCAUAUCAACGAAGGCGCUCUGGCGCUGAUGUUUAAAAAGUACAAAGAAGUGCUCCCCAGACUAGGCGGCUAUAUCAAUGAACAUGGGGUAAUCAAUCUGGAAAGGCUGGGAGUACUGUUGGAUGAGUUAUCAGAUGUCGAGCAUCGCUUUUUUGAAGCAGAAUAUCAGGACGAAAAAUGGAUCAGGUCGAAGAAGCUUGAAAGCAACAGCGACAUUGAACCGAAAGCUGGCAAACCAGUGAAGUCAAUAACGCCAGCACAGAAAGAAAUAUUGAAGCAGGUGAAGACGUAUGUCAUGGCUCCUGCAAACGACGAUCAUGAUACCCGCAAGCCUCUGGACCUUAGCCCGACUUUGCCAGCACGCGAUCGCAAGUUUGUCCAGCAGCUGACUCUGGAUCUUAAUUUAAGGUGGAAGACGGCUGAAAAUGCUAGCGGCGAUCGGUUCGUUCGUGUUGAGUUUCCGCAGGACCGCAAGGAUGAUGAAGACUCAGAUGAUGAGGAAGGCCACCUUGCGUUGAUGAGAGUCUUGAAACAAUAUGACCGUGCAAGAGUUGAGGAGUCCACUGCAGAGCAGGCGCAAGAAGCCAUGCAGAAGAAGUACGACCAGAAAUUCGUGCAAUGGAAGGACAAAUACUACCGAGAAAAAUUCGAGUGGGGCCUCGAGAACGAAGAAGGUUUGCGGGAGCUGACAGAAAACUACGUGCAGGGCCUACAGUGGGUUUUGUUCUACUACUAUCGCGGUGUGGCAUCAUGGCCCUGGUUCUACAGAUAUCACUAUUCGCCCAUGAUAUCGGAUGUGAAGAAGGGGCUCGGGGCCGACAUGAACUUUCAGCUUGGCCAACCUUUCCGACCAUAUCAGCAACUGAUGGGUGUCCUCCCCGACCGUAGCAAGAAGAUUGUGCCAACCGCUUACCAUGAGCUGAUGACAUCCCCUGACUCACCAAUCAUCGAUUUCUAUCCUCGUGAUUUUGAGCUUGAUAUGAACGGCAAGAAGAUGGAAUGGGAAGCAGUGGUCAAGAUUCCCUUCAUAGACGAGAAGAGACUCCUGAGUGCCAUGGCGACAAAAGACCACCUUCUUACCGCGGACGAAAAGCAGCGCAACGGUUUUGGGAUCAGUCUAAAGUUCACAUAUUCACCAGAUCUGGAUUUUACCUAUCCAUCUCCUCUGGUUGGCGUUUUCCCAGACUUGACUCAUUGCCAUUGCGUUGAGAAUGUUUUUGAGUUGCCGACCAUGGACGGGCUCGAACCAUACGUGGGUUUGGUAGAAGGUGUCAAACUGGGCGAAGCUGCCUUGGCUGGCUUCCCGAGCUUGAAGGAGUUGCCUCAUACUGGAAGUUUGGGUUUUCAUGCGGUGAAUGUCUUCCAGCAGGACAGCCGCAAUGAGAGUAUGAUCGUUUCUGUCUUGGACACUGAGCGGCGGACAAAGGCUGAAACGGCCAAGCUCUUACUCAACAGGCGUGUGCAUGUUGGAUAUCCGUUCAUACAGGAAGCCAAAGUGGUCAAAGUAUCGGAUGAGCUUUUCGACUACUACAUGCCAGAAAACACCCGCGGCCAGGUUCAUGCGUCGAACCAUACACCGGCAGAGAUAGCAGAAUUUCACAAGAAGGCUGAGCGGAUUGAGAAUUACUAUAGCAAACGACUCGGGAUGCUGACCGGUGAAGUCGAGUCGUUGGUCCAUGUUGAAAUGCUGAAAGGUCUCCGCAAGCUGGACGAUGGAUCAACAGUGAAAGACUUUGCUCUCCUUCCUGGGGUAGAAACCAUACACGCAAGUCAAUUAGUGGUAGAGUCUGUCAUCAGCGAGGACCAACGCUUUUUGGAAAAAGCAGCGGUCUCGGUCGAGGAAGAGUUUCCAGACGGGACGAAUGCUUUCUUCCUUGGUGAGUAUGCCUACGGCAGACCGCUAACAGUGACUGGACAUCAGGCAGGGAAGAUCAAUUGUUUGCUCAGCGUUACCAAAGCGAAGAAGGAUGAAUUUGGCAGGCAAAUUGCGAAGGCUGCCGAGCGCUUGUCACCGUACACACCCUCUUACGCAGUGGCAAAAGCCCUACAGCUCAAUGCAUUGGCUCUAUCGAAGAUCACGUCGUCCUUUUCUGUCAGAGUGGACGGGGAUCAAGUCAAUCUAGGACUGAACUUGAAAUUCGAAGCCAAAAAACUCAAAGUGUUGGGUUACUCACGACGUGGAAGUACUGGCUGGGAGUUCAGUCGCCCGGCGAUAGACUUGAUUCAACAGUACAUGAUCAAAUUCCCCGAUUUCAUUGCUGCCAUUCAUUCGAAUCCUCAGGGCGACAGGCUUGACGCAACCGCCUUCUAUCCUGGUGAUCCACAGGAGGCCAAGGCUAAGAUCAAGGAGAUUCAGAGUUGGCUAAAAGAGAUCGAGUCGAAGAGCUUCGAAAGAGUGCCUCUGGAAGCAGAGCAGCUCGAUUCAGACGUGGUCAAGCAGAUUGAACUAGCUGCCGAUGAAGCGGUUCGAACAGAACCACCGCAAACGCUCAACACUAUGAAUGGACUCCCGAGAAGUGCCUUGCUUAAACCUUCAGACGCGGCGCACCGCCUGGGUGGCCAGAAAUUUAGACUGGGAGACCGUGUCAUCUACGCGGCAGAUUCCGGCAAGGUUCCGAUUGCAACCAAAGGAACUGUGGUUGGACUGACACAGACCACUCGCGAGACAUGGCUAGACGUGGUUUUCGAUGUCUCGUUCAUGAGUGGCACGACACUUGGCGAUAGAUGCUCCCCAUUCCGAGGGUCCACCGUACCGACCUGGUCAGUCUUGAAUUUGAGUGAGUGGCAAUUGUUGGCCAUGUCCAAAGCUGGGGCGACAAGGCAAACUUCGACGCAUUCCUCGCCACUGACGAUACCGGGAUACGGUGCACCUGGAAUCAACGGACGCGGCGAACUCAACGAAGCACAGGCUCCACCGGCUCUUCGCGGUGGAUGGAGAGCUGCUGUUGCUGGUCAAUCAUGGCGAAAUAGUGGCAGAGCUAAUGGUUCUAUACCGAGAGGUCGGGGUUCUUCCAGUACCAUUCGAAACCACUCAGAUGGUGAUCUCCCCAUCCGUAGCCAUUCCCAACCAUCCAUCAAUGGCAGUCGAGGUGCAGGAGUGAACGGAUACAGUUCUAGAGCACGGGGCGGCAACACGACUUGGAGUGGCUACCCGCCUAUCGAUCGUGGGAGCGAACAGGACAGCGUGGUGCGGAACAACCCCCACUUUAGACCUCAACAGCAUCACAGCGUGGCCCCUCCAGCCAGUCUCGAUACUACUACCAGAGGUAGAGGUAGAGGUAGAGGCUCUUUCUGGGGUGGCAGGGAACGUAGAGGUGAAUCCAGAGGUGAAUCCAGAGGUGGACGUGGCGGAGCGGAUCGAGGCUGA